CCGUUCUCGUGUUCAACAUGGCGGCCUCCUUGGCCAGAGUUUGCCGCUAUGUUUUACGACACAGGUCUUGCUUUCAGCAAACUACAAGCUUUACACUCAAAUGCAAAUUCCACCGUUCGGUUUCUGUGUGCAACGGGCUUCUACGCGGACUCAAUAAACGCGGACUCGUGAAGGACUCUUUCCCGGAUGACGCGGGGCACGAUCGACUCCCUCGCCUGCUUCAGUCGGGUGCUCAGACCGUGUACUGCGGCUUUGACCCCACGGCCGACAGCCUUCACGUCGGCCACCUGCUCGCCCUCAUCGGCCUGUUGCACUUCCGAAGCGCCGGUCACCAUGUGGUCGCCGUGCUCGGCGGGGCCACUGCGCAAAUUGGCGACCCAAGCGGAAAGAACAGUGAGCGGGAACGGCUGUCCGCGGACGCCGUGGAGGGUAACACGCGCGGCAUCCGCGAGAGCAUCCACAGAAUUUUCACCAACCACGAACUGCACUUCCACGACGGCUCCAAGACGCAAGGGACCGUGACUGUUUUGAACAACUUGAGCUGGUACAAAGACUGGAACGUGGUCAAGUUCCUGUCUGAGACCGGGAGACACUUCCGCAUGGGGACCAUGCUCAGCCGCCACAGCGUCCAGUCCAGGCUGCGCAGCUCGGAAGGAAUGAGUCUGACCGAGUUCACCUACCAGGCGUUCCAGGCGUACGACUUCUACCACCUGAACCAACUCUACGGCUGCAAGAUCCAACUGGGAGGCACCGACCAGCUGGGAAACCUCAUGUCUGGCCACGACUUCAUUCACAAAGUGAGCGGCGAGGAGGUGUACGGCCUCACCCUCCCGCUGGUCACCAGCUCGACAGGCGACAAGCUGGGCAAGACGGCGGGCAACGCCGUGUGGCUCAACCGCGACAAGACGUCUCCCUUUGAGCUCUACCAGUUUUUUCUGCGGCAGCCUGACGCCAGCGUGGAAGGGUUCCUGAAGCUCUUCACCUUUCUGCCGCUGGCUGAGGUGGAGAACCUGAUGGAGCAGCAGCGAGCAGAUCCCGGUAAACGGCUGGCGCAUAAGCGACUCGCAGCUGAAGUGACAAAGUUGGUCCAUGGGAAGGAGGGCCUGGAGAGUGCCAAGAGGUGCACCAAUACUCUGUUCCACAGCAGCGUGCAGGCACUGGAGGAGAUGAGCGACUCGGAGCUGCAGGAGCUCUUCCGAGAGGCUCCCUUCCAUGAACUUCUGCUGGAACCAGGGACCACCAUCAUCGAUGCCUGCCGCAGGGUCAAUGCCAUCCCAGACGGUCCCAAAGGGUAUCGGAUGGUUUCGGAGGGAGCGGUGUGGCUCAACCACCAGCGGACAGACAACCCGGAGCAGGUGCUCAUCCCCAAGGUCCACAUCCUGGCCAACGGUCUCACGCUGCUCCGAGUGGGCAAGAAAAACUUCCAUAUUAUCAAGUGGCUCAGUCUGUGAAAGGUAUAUAGAAUAUGUUUGCCUAUAAAUACUUUAGAGUUGAUCGUGUGUAUCUUUAGCUUUGGUUAUUAAAAUGAUUUAUUUAAGUUUCGGCUUCUUGCCUGCUCACUAUUAAACUGCAACUCAAAGUGUUUGAGAGAUGAACAGCAGGGGGAGCCAUUGUCCUUAACAUAAAAUGCUGGAACGCGACAUGCUCCAACGGGUUGAGUGCCUUGUGAAAUAGAUAGAAUAUUUUUUAUGCUAACACCCUUCAUUGCCAUGGAAACGUUUUAAAAAAAAUGUCGACAUGUAUGUGACUGAAAUACGUUUGGCUACAAUAUAUUUCCAUUGAAAGGUUUCCAACAUUCACUUACGUCCAUUUAUCGUGUUUAAUGUGCGAUACAUUUUAAGUGAAUCCUCAUUUGGGUCCAUUUUAUUUUUAUUUAAGCACCCUGCUAACAUUCAAAUUAUGCAUAAUGUUACAGUGGCUUUCAAAAAUACUUCCCAUGAUGAUGAUACUUGGAGAGCCAAAACUUUUUUAUUUAUCUACGCUUAGAAAUAACUGUCGGAGAAAAAGUGUGGUCAAAGAAGGCAUUUUAUCUGACCUGUCAAUUUUUAAAAGUGGAUUUAAAAAAA